AUGUCUCAAUCAUUGCGUCCAUACCUGUUGGCUGUUAGAUCCUCACUAACGGCAGCACUCGCGAUAUCGAACUUCGCUUCUCAAACCUCCGAAAGACACAAUGUUCCCGAAAUUGAAGCCGCAACUUCUCCCGAAUUACUUCUCAACCCCCUUACAAUCUCCCGGAAUGAGAACGAGAGGGUCCUUAUCGAGCCCAGCGUGAACAGUGUCCGUGUCAGCAUCCGAAUCAAGCAGGCAGAUGAGAUCGAACAUAUCUUGGUCCACAAGUUCACUAGGUUCCUGACGCAGCGCGCGGAAUCCUUCUUCAUUCUACGGAGAAAGCCAGUGAAGGGUUAUGACAUCUCAUUCCUUAUUACGAACUUCCAUACCGAACAGAUGCUGAAACACAAACUGGUGGACUUUAUCAUUCAAUUUAUGGAGGAAGUGGACAAGGAAAUCUCGGAAAUGAAGCUCUUCUUGAAUGCCCGUGCCCGUUUCGUUGCCGAGUCGUUCCUGACACCGUUCGAUUAG